AUGGAUCUGAACGCUACGCUCGUGUCUCCCGGCGUACCCGCAACGCUCGACUCCCCCUCGUCCCCAUUCGACCUCGACCUCUCGACUCCCCAAGUCCUGCUCGGCACCGUUCUCUUCGGACUCGCUUCGAUCCUCGUCUUGCUCUGGCCGAGGAAAGCAGCUAAUUUGCCUCCUGGGCCGAAGCCGGGGUUCUUGGUCGGCAACCGCAAUCAGGCGCCGAAGAGCAAACCCUGGCGUUGGUUCCGUGACUUGAACCAGCAGUACGGCGAUGUCGUCUACCUCCAGAUGGGUCAAACGCCCACCAUCGUCCUCGGCUCCGCGCAAGCAGCCUGGGACCUGCUCGAAAAGAAGUCCAACAUCUACUCGUCGCGUCCGAGGUUCAUCAUGGGCCAGGAGUUGUUGUCGGGCAACAUGCGUGGCUUGAUGAGCGGGUACAACGACUUCUGGCGACGCUGGAGGAAGGUCUUGCACGGCGCUUUCAUGCAGAAGGCGGCCGACAACUACAAGCCCAUUCAAAACCUCGAGUCGAAGCAGCUCAUGCACGACCUCCUCACCAGACCCGAAGGUUUCCGCGACCACCUCGAGCGAUACGCGGCGUCUGUCAUCGUCACAGUGAACUACGGCCGCAGGGUGCACAACGUCUGGACCGACACGGUCGUCUGCGAAAACCGAAGGUCGAUGGACGUACUUACCUCUGUCAACAUCCCCGGGAAAUACCUCGUCGAGAGCCUGCCGAUCCUGCUCAAGCUUCCCAACUUCCUCACCCCGUGGCGCCAGUACGCCCUCGAGCAAAAGCAGCGCGACAUCGACCUGUACCUCGGGCUCGUCCAAGAAGUCAAGGACAAGAUGGCUAAGGGCACUGCACCCUACUCGUUUGCCAAGCAACUCAUCGAGGAGAAGGAGAAGUGGGGAAUGAGCGACCUCGAGAUUGCGUACACCUGCUCGACUCCGUUCGGCGCUGGCGUCGAGACUUCAUCCGGAACGCUUUUGUCGUUCUUCCUCGCUUGCGCGCAUGCGGGCGAGACGUUCAUCCCCAAGGCGCAGGAGGAGCUCGACCGAGUUGUUGGAAAGGACCGCCUCCCGACUUUCGACGAUUUCCAGGACCUGCCCUACGUCCGGGCCGUCGUCAACGAGACGCUGCGAUGGCGACCCAUCGCUGUCCUCGGAGGCACACCACACGCUUCUACCGAGGACGAUUGGUACAACGGAAUGUUUAUCCCGAAAGGCUCGACCGUCAUCGCCAACCUCUGGAGCAUUCACCUCAACGAGAAGGACUUCCCCGAACCGCACAAGUUUGACCCUGAGCGUUUCAUGGUCAAGCGCGACUACCCUGGUCGGUGGGGACACAGCGCCUUCGGUUUCGGUCGUCGCAUCUGCCCAGGCAUGCACCUUGCCGAAAACUCGAUCUACAUCAACAUCGCCCGCAUCCUCUGGGCAUUCAACAUUUCGAAGGCGAAGGACGCAUCAGGAAACGACAUUCCAGUCGACAUCUUCGAGUUUACCGAUGGCUUUAACUCCAUGCCCAAGCCGUUCAAGUGCAGCAUCAAGGUCCGCAGUCCUGCUCACGCCGCCGUCAUCGAGCGCGAGUACAGCGAGGCUGCGGAAGAGUUCAAGCAGUUCGAGGAGUAG